AUGACCGCUCUACCAGACUUCAUCUCGAAAGUCCUGCAGUCAUGGACUGUCCUACGGUUGGCUCAGAGUACUUCGACCGCCGGUCCAAAUACUUCCAAGGAAAUUGAUGGCUUACUGCCGUUUAUAAUGCAACGCCUCCACAAGCGAAUUUUAGAGGAGGAUCUUGCUGAGUGGUUGGAAGAUUAUUUAUGUUCACGUCUCAACGUCUUGUGUGAAGAUGACAGCCAGUUUGAUGUUUCAAAGUUAAUAGUUGAAGGGUACUCCCUGAGCGCCGCUGGCAAACUACAAGAGUUGGCCGCGCUAGCUGAUACCAUUCCAUCUGGGUGUGAUUUACAACAGUGUGCCAUGCAGGAAGUCAAUUGUGAGGUACCUGCUGACGAAGUAGAUGAUGAGGAUGAUGACACGGAUGCAAGCGACGACGAGGCUGGAGACCUUGUGAGUGAGGAGGACUCUGAGAUGGAUAUAGGCCAAUGA